AUGCUCCGCACAGCACUCCAAACCUACCACUCAGCCCUGCAUACCUUCGCCUCCUCCCCAUCCAAUUUCCAAAUCCUCAAAUCUCUCCGCUCCUCCCGGGUCCCGCCCCCAAAAACCCUCUACAUCCUCGACAGUUCCUUCAACCCACCCACUCUCGCGCACCUGCGAAUAGCCAAGGCUGCCCUCCUCUCAGACCCAAUCGCCGCACCCACACCAAGACGCCUUCUCCUCCUCCUAGCCACCCAAAAUGCAGAUAAAGCCCCCAAACCGGCUGCUUUCGAACAACGACUCGUUAUGAUGGAGAUCUUUGCCUCCUCACUCAUAUCAGAAACGGAGCAGGAAGUAGAAGGACUCGGCAUCGACAUCGGCGUGACGAACCUCCCUUAUUUUGCAGAUAAGGCGAAAUCGAUAGAACAGUCGGGGUUGUAUCCGGUUUCAACGCAACAAGUUCAUCUCCUGGGCUAUGAUACGUUGACUCGUUUGCUGUCGACGAAGUACUAUCCCCCAACGCAUACGCUUCAGCCUCUUCAUCCUUUUUUGGAGAAACAUCGGUUACUGGUUACAUAUCGUGCGGAUGAUGACUGGGGAACGCGAGGCGAGCAAGACGAGUAUUUGAAGGAUAUUGAAGUAGGGAAGCGGGAUGGGGAUGGGGCUAAUAAAGAAUGGGUUAGUGAGGGGAGGAUUAGGAUGGUUGAAGGGAGGAAGGAAGGGGAAGAAAUAAUCAGUAGUACGAGGGUGAGGGAGGCGGCUAAGAAGGGUGAGAGGGAGGCUUUGGAGAGGUUGGUAACGAAGGGGGUAGGAGAUUGGGUUUUGGUGGAAAGUUUGUAUUUGGAUGAUUGA